GCCGCUUCUCACACUUUAAACUCCGCUCGCAUUUGUCCGCCACUUCUGUCCACCCCCCGAACGUACACGGCCGCCCACCGACCUCAAGAAAUCCAACGAUCGCAAGGUGAGUUCAUGCUGAAUUCAGAUGCGACUGGGCCAACUUCCAGGGUGUUGGUUCUUGUGUUGCUGGAAGAAAUUUGGCGAAAAAUGAACCUCUGGAUGACGAUGGAUUGACUGCUCGCAUCGAGGAUGUGUCAAUAUCGAAUGAAGUAGCUGACUUCGCAUAUAGAUGCGGGACGUCCUCCAAACUGAAGAACUCGACAUCCCUGAGGGUGUUACCAUUGAAAUCAAGUCCCGUGUUAUCAAAGUCACCGGCGCACGGGGUACCCUCACGAAGAAUGUCCGUCACGUCGAUAUGGAUAUUAGGGUGUUGAAGACCAAGAAGAGCAGCAAAGUCACUCUUGCAGUGUGGCAAGGUGGACGCAAGCACGUCGCAUGUCUACGGACAAUCCGAAGCUUGAUUAACCACAUGGUUAUUGGUGUGACCAAGGGCUUCCUCUACAAAAUGCGCGCCGUCUAUGCCCAUUUCCCCAUCAACGCCAUCAUCCAAGACAGUGGAAACGCUAUCGAGAUCCGUAACUUCCUGGGAGAGAAAACUGUACGACACGUAAAGAUGCUCGGUGGAGUCUGUAUUUCGGAGUCAAAGGCCCAAAAAGAUGAGCUUAUACUUGAGGGUAAUGAUAUUGAGAACGUUUCGCAAUCAGCCGCCUCCAUUCAGGGUGCUUGCCGCGUACGGAACAAGGAUAUCCGUAAAUUCUUGGAUGGUAUCUACGUAUCCGACCGCACGACCAUCAUGCAUGAGUAGAUGGGGUGUGGUUGAUCAGGGAAG